AUGCCUUCCGUGCACCCAUUUGACUCCGCCAGGGACUACGAGAUCAGAUUGGCCACCAAGUUGGUCAAAGAUGCCCACCCAGCCUCUGACAACGUUCACUUUGUCCAGUGUGACAGAUGUGACCCUCCAAAGAAGGACAUGAUCAAAUACUUGGACGCUGAGAGACACGGUGGUGAGCUCCCAAGAAUCCCUAGAGUGUUUUACUGCUACUACUACACCAACACUUUGACAUUCAACAAGGCCUUGGUCAAUGUCACUGCGGGCCACAUUAUCACCAAGACACAGUUGCCAGAAGGUGUGGUCGGCCCUUUUAUGGCUGAGGACAUGGCUGAGUGGGAAGCCCACUGUCUUAAGCACCCUGCUGUUCUUGCCGAAGUUGAGAAGUUGAAGUUGCCAAGCGACUGCUCUGUGAUUACUGACCCAUGGAUCUACGCAACGGAUGAUCCAAACGAGAAGAGACCAUUGGUGCAAUUUUUCAUGUACAUUCAGGCCAACAACGGCCACUCUGAGUCCAACCACUACUCGUUACCAUUGAAGUUCUCCCCAGUAUUCGAGGCUUACUCCAAGAAGUUUGUCAGAAUGGACUUCUUGCCCUCCGGUUAUGACGAUACCGUGACGCCCACCCAGCCUUGGAAGAGAGCAAAGCCUUCUGAGUACCACCCAGAGUUAAACGGUGAGCAGUUGAGAGAGGUGAAGCCAUUGUUAGUUCAGCAACCAGAGGGCCCAUCAUUCACUAUGGAGGGCUCUAAAGUUAAAUGGCUCUCUUGGGAAUUCAGAGUUGCCACUACUGCCAGAGAAGGUUUCGUACUCUACGACGGUUGGUUCAAGGGCAGACAAGUGUUCUACAGAAUUUCUUUGUCUGAGAUGACCGUUCCAUACGCCGACCCUAGACCUCCAUACCACAGAAAGCAGGCUUUCGACUUGGGUGAUGCUGGUUUCGGAGUGACUGGUAACUCUUUGAAGCUUGGAUGCGACUGUCUCGGUGUUAUCAAGUAUUUGGAUGGUAUGUUCACAGGUGGUAACGGUGAGCCAUCCGUUAUGCCUUCCACCGUUUGCAUGCACGAGCAGGAUGAUGGUAUCUUGUACAAGCACAUGAACUACAGAAACGGUAACGCUGUAGUUGCCAGAAGAAGAGAGUUCGUCGUCCAGACCAUCGCAACCGUGGCUAACUACGAGUACGCCCUCAACUUCAAGUUCGUUAACGAUGGUUCCAUCGACUUGGAGGUCAGAGCUACCGGUAUCUUGUCCACCAUGCCAAUUGACGACAACAUGACCGUUCCAUGGGGUACCGUUGUCGCUGAAAAUUGUAUGGCCGCUUAUCACCAGCACAUUUUGUCUUUCAGAAUCGACCCAGCUGUCGAUGGCCACAAGAACUCUGUUGUUUACGAUGACGUUGUGAAGAUGCCAAGGGACAAGCACAACCAGUGGGGUAACGGUUUUGUCACUCAAAGAACUUUCGUUGAAAAAGCUGGUGCUGUGAAGCAGUCUCCAUUCACCAACAGAGCCUACAAGGUAAUCAAUGAGAACGUGGUUAACCCAAUCUCCAGAGAUAACGUUGGAUACAAGAUCGAGAUGCCAGCCAGACAGAUGAUCAUCUCUGACUCAGACACUUACAAUGUCACCAGAGCCAAGUUCGCUACCGAGCAGCUCUGGGUUACUAAGUAUGGUGACAACCAGUUGUUCGCUGCGGGUGAGUUCACCAACCAGUCUCAGAUUGACACUGGUCUCGGUGUUUGGGCCAACGGUACUGACGAUGUCAGAAACGAGGACUGCGUCAUCUGGCCAACCCUCAGUUUCACCCACAUUCCCAGAGUUGAGGAUUUCCCCGUCAUGCCAGUCGAAAUCCACAACAUCCACAUGGUUCCAUUCAACUUCUUUGACAAGAAUCCUGGCUUGGACCUUCCACAGGCCAACAACAACUUUAACAAGUCUACUUUGGCCAAUGUUGGUGUCGAAGAGAACAAGGCUUGCUGCAAGAGCACUCUUUGA